ACGUACCUAUUACUCAACUAGGUAAUGUCAAUAGCGGCGACGGUACCUACAGCUACUCAUACCAAACUGGAAAUGGAAUUAAUGCUCAGGAACAAGGAGAUGCUCGCGGUGAUGGCACUCAGGCACAAGGUUCGUUCAGUUACACUGCCCCAGACGGCCAACAGGUCCAAAUCCAAUACACUGCCGACCAACAAGGAUUCGUGCCUCAAGGAUCCCACAUCCCAACUUCGCCCCCUAUUCCAGAAGAAAUCCAAAAAGCCAUCGAUCAAAACUUGGCCGACGAAGCUCGCGGCGUCGUCGAUGACGGACAAUAUAAACCUGGACCAGAUGAAGGCGGUCGUCCAGGCGGCGCCGGUGGCCGCCCAGGUGGAAUCGGCGGUGGUCCGGGAGGAAUUGGCGGCCGCCCAGGUGCUGGCGGUCCAGGUGGUAUCGGCGGUCGCCCUGGUGGUAUUGGUGGUGCUCCAGGCGGUAUUGGUGGUGCUGCAGGUGGUAUUGGCGGUCGGCCAGGUGGUGGUGGACCAGGUGGUAUCGGCGGUCGCCCUGGUGGUAUUGGUGGUGCUCCAGGCGGAAUUGGUGGUGCUCCAGGUGGUAUUGGCGGCCGUCCAGGUGGUGGUGGUCCAGGUGGUAUCGGCGGCGGUCCAGGUGGAGCUGGAGGUUUACCGCAGUACGGAGCCCCAGCUCCCUCUCCAUUCAGACCUGGUUUGGGCUCCGGAUUUGGCGGCCCUGGUGGUUACAGGUACUAAUGGGAUAUUGUUGCUUGCCAUAAACUAUAGGGAUGUAAUAUAUUAUUGUAAAUAGAUGUGUAUGUAAA